AUGGCCGAUACUCUUCAUCCUAAUACAGACGUAGGUGCUGUUGAAGAACCUUUAGAUCUUGUUCGGUUAUCAUUGGAUGAAAGAAUAUAUAUCAAACUUCGUGGUGAUCGUGAACUUCGUGGUGUUUUGCAUGCAUAUGAUGGUCAUUUGAACAUGGUUCUUGGCAAUGUAGAAGAAACUAUUACCAUUGUUGAUGUCAAUGAAGACACUUUCCAAGAAGUCAUUAGAACUGUGAAACGAACUUUUGAUAUGUUGUUUGUUCGUGGCGAUGGUGUUAUUUUAGUAUCUCCACCUUCAAGAACCUAA